GUGUGUUUUGGAGAAAGGAAACCGAGAGUGUUCCAGAAAAGGAAAUUGGGAUCUAUUUAUAUUUGUUUCUUCUUCUUCUUUGGAUUAUAUUUCUCCAAUUACUUGCUGGUAGUAAAGAUGUAGCUGGUUUGAAGUACACCGCUAUCUUACUUCCAAUGUUUGAAGUAAGUGGUUUGUCAUGGUGUUUUGUCUUUCACGACAACCACUGUUUUAUUUUUCUAUCUUUCUUUUUCACCUACCUACUGGUAUGGUUUUUUUCUUUUGUCUUGGAAACUUUGUUGCUCUACUGCCUUUAUGGCUUAAUAACAUUCCGCGUUAAAAGAAAAAAAGAUAGACAGUGCGUUAAGUUCUUAGAGAAGGGUUCGUACGGAUCCGUCUAUCUGUUCAGUUCAGUGUUGUACACAGCAGUGAAGGCCUAACUCCAUCCCAUGGAAACAGCGUCUACACACGGGCACGCUUCUGUCUGAUUUCAUGCACAGAAGAACAUUGUCUGAUUAUGCUCACCAGACGACGAGUCACUGGCGGCGUCAUCAGCGUCACGUCACGGCAAUUGUUUUUCUCCAUCGAUAACUGAUUCGCAAGGUAUGAAAUUCUUUACUAACUGUUAGCUUAAUAGAAGGAAAAAAAAAACAUAUUUUGUAAGGUAUAUAAGAUAAAAGUUUUUGUUUUGGUCAAAACAUUAUUUUCACUUAACUUAUUUAAAAAAAAAACUUUUAAACUUUGAGAGGGAAAACUCUAUAUUACUUUAAUCGAUAUUGAAAACUUAAUGUGUAAUUUGUCAAAACAAAUAAAAAUAUUACAUCCUGUCUUAAUUGAUCGUUAGAGAUUGUAUGAUUCUUUUGUUAACACUUAUGAUCAUUUAGUUCUCAUAAUCAAUCUAGUAAUAAAACAGUUUUCCCUCUCUCUGGUAUUUCCAAAUUUUCUAAAAAAACUCAAUGCCUCACUUGCUUUUUUGGUUUGUUUUUAUUUCCUGUGAUUCUUUUGCUUGUUUAUUUUCUUCCAUGUGUUCGUUGCUUUGAUAUUGGACCUGGUGGAGGGGAUGAGAAGUCUGAUUUGUUAGGAGAUAGAGAAGACCAUCUGAUCCCAUCUGCUUCCCAGGGUGAAUCAACCGUCUUCUUCAACAAGAUGAAAGGUGACGUGACUAUUACUGCUAUCUUGAAGAAUUCAAAUCAGGACUCAGGAGAUGAGGGGAAAGAGGCUGUGUUCAGUCUUUAAAAGCCUAUGAGGUCUUUUGGUUUCCCGAAGAAGACUCAACCAAACCAGGACACGCAACAACUCUGUACAUAUGAAGACGAAGCGCACUAAACAGAUGAGAAGAACUGAAGAAGUCGGUUUUGUAGACUGAUAUGCUUAAACAUAAAGUGUGUGUUUAUGUCUAUCUUUAGCUCUCUCUUACUCAUGUUCGUUAUAUAUAUAUAUAUAUACCAUAUCAGCAAGCAGCUGAAAAGUUUAUUCAUAUAUUUAAAGUUUUCAGAUUUUGAUGUCGAAGUCGAAUCACUUGCAAGUUUAGAAGAAAGGGUACGAAAUCAAGUGAAAUAAGAAAUGAUGUUUAUUUAAAUGAGUGAAGGGAUAUGUUCUGUGGAUACACCAAAGUUGAAAUCAAACCGUAAACCGGAUUGGUCACACUUGGUAUAACCGAUUCUUCAUGCAAUCGGCUAGCUAUCUUCUUCAAUCAACGUUACACGGUUACACCUAACAAAUAAAAGCUACACUUCUUCCUAAUCACAAAAAGAAAGAAAAUAAACUGAAAAAAAAAUCAAAGCGAAACCACAGAUUCGAUUGAUAUUUUGCUGCUGAAAUUCCAUUAUUUUCUGGAGAAAAAUAAAAGAUUUCAGUAUUUUCUCUGCCAUUAGUUUGAUUUUUCCGAGGAAACAAAUAAGAAAAAGAAAAAUCUGCAGUCCUUUUUACUCAUUUAUUGCUGUUUAUUUUCUUUAAUUAGAUGAUGUAUGAAGAGAUUGUUCCUGUGUUCGUCUCUGCAUCAGAUGGAAGAUAACAAUUCUCCCAAGAAGGAUUACUAUAAGAUUCUGGAAGUUGAUUAUGAUGCAACUGAGGAGAUGCUCAAACUGAGUUAUCGGAAGCUUGCUUUGAAGUGGCAUCCUGAUAAGCACAAUGGUGAUACUAUGGCUACUUCAAAGUUUCAGGAGAUCAAUGAAGCUUAUAACGUGCUAAUGGAUCCUGAUUUACGUUUUGAGUAUGAUUUAACCGGAAUAUACGAGAUUCACAAGUAUACUUUGCGGGAGUAUCUGGCUAGGUUUAAGGGAAUGAUACUCACUUGCAAUGGACUAGGCAUCAGUCACUCCUCAUCACCAUGGACACAACAAUUGGCGGAAGGCAAUAUCACUACAGAUGAGCAAGGCUUCUGUACUGAAACUGAAACUGAAACUGAAACAGAGCUUAAGUAACAUUUGAUCUUGAAACUCAAAUGGCAUUAUCAUUCGGUCUUCCACAAAUUUUGAUCAGGAGCUGUAAUACAGAGGUGUAUGCUUUUUAUGUCUACCCCCAUUCGACGAUAUAACAGCUUUUUCAGGAUGUUUAUGUUUUAGAAAUAUGAUGGUAUUACACAAUAAGAAGAAAACAUUGUGUCUAGUCAAUGCUUAACCUUCAUAGAUUUUGUGAGUUAGGCCUUUACUCUGUGUUUGUAUUAUAUGGGUUAUACUCAGUGAAGACUUCAAUCUUCGGAUA